AUGGUCAAUAAGCGUGCCGAGCGUACCACGGAUUCGCGAGCCCGGCCCUCUGUCAGCCUGAACAUGGUCGUGUACGAUUGUCAGAACGUCACUUGGACUGGUGUCCGCGAGGUGCUGUUCCGCAAUGCUCACGUCAAACCCGACUCGUAUCCCAUGGAAGUCAUUGGACUUAAGGCCUUCUACGGCUUCCAGAUGACGAUCGACGAACACAUGAAGCGCGUCCUCCGCGGGGACUUUGCGGCGGCCAGCAGGCUGGAACGUCGCUGGGCGGAUUACAUGCAGGCCAAUGAAGAGGCUGGCGCCACAGGAGCAGGACACCGAAGGCGGCGCCGCCGGGCGAGAGAAGCCCAGAUGCUGCACGCCGAUGAGGAAGAGGGCGGCAUUGCGCAUGGUGGGCGCAGGAGAGCUAGGACAGUUGCUGCUGCCUGUGCUGUCAUGUAA